GCCGAGGGUUCUGUUUUUCUCUUAAUGGGAGUUUUGGGUAUUGCUUUAUAUGGUUCUAAUGAACCAACAUUAAAGUAAUACUUUGAUUUUUUCUCACUCAAAUUAAAAAUAUGGUAAGAAAAUAAGACAACAGUACUCCCCCUGCUUUCACAUCUACUCUUCUAUUCUACAAAAAACUAAAGUUCCUUCCUUUUCCCACUGCAUCACCAAAAUCCUUCCUUUAUUUGAUUUGAGUACAAGUUGGGAGAUUUAAAGAAAAUGUCCCUUACUGAUUCAGUGCAAAACAAACAGCCUGGUGUCAUCACCUGCAAAGCUGCUGUGGUAUGGGGAACAGGAGAACCAAUGGUGAUAGAGGAAGUGGAAUUAAGUCCACCUCAGCCAAUGGAGAUUCGUGUUAAGGUUGUCUGUUCUUCUCUCUGUCGCAGCGAUGUCAAUGCUUGGUUGUCACAGGCUCAGGCUUCUAUAUAUCCUCGGAUAUUUGGUCACGAAGCAUCAGGGAUUGUUGAGAGUGUUGGGAAAGGAGUGACUGAAUUUGUAGAAGGAGACCAUGUGCUUACCUUAUUUACUGGGGAAUGCAUGAGUUGCAGACACUGUACCUCAAGCAAAAGCAACAUUUGCCAAGUUCUUGGAUUGAAACGAGAUGGUGUUAUGCAUGGUGAUCAAAUGACGCGGUUCUCUAUAAAAGGGAAGCCAGUUUAUCAUUAUUGUGCUGUUUCAAGUUUUAGUGAAUACACAGUUGUACACUCUGGUUGUGCGGUCAAGGUUAGUCCGAUUGCGCCUUUGGAUAAAAUCUGCCUCCUUAGUUGUGGAGCGGCAGCAGGUCUGGGUGCGGCUUGGAAGGUUGCAAAUAUCUCUGAAGGAUCAAAAGUGGUCAUUUUUGGUCUUGGGACUGUAGGCCUUUCUGUUGCACAAGGUGCUAAAAUGCGGGGAGCAUCCCAGAUUAUUGGUGUGGAUAUGAUGCAAGAGAAAUGCGAAAAAGCAAAGGCUUUUGGAAUAACGGACUUUUUGAACCCAAACGAUACUGAUGAACCCAUUCCACAGAUUAUAUAUCGCCUAACUGGUGGAGGUGCAGACUAUGCAUUUGAAUGUAUUGGAGAUACAGGAAUGGUUACCACUGCUUUGCAGUCUUGUUGUGAUGGAUGGGGCUUGACUGUCACACUUGGAGUACCCAAGCUGAAGCCGGAGGUAACAGCUCAUUUUGGACUUCUUCUUAACGGUAGAACAUUGACAGGAUCCCUAUUUGGAGGAUGGAAGCCAAAGUCUGAAAUUCCGUCAUUAGUUGAAAUGUACCUAAAGAAGGAAAUCGAGUUAGAUGACUUGAUCACUCAUAAUCUGCCCUUUGAGGACAUAAACACAGCUUUCGAUCUGAUGAAAAAUGGGACUUGUCUGCGCUGCGUCAUACACAUGCCUAAAAUAGAAGGGUUUCCAAUGGCUGGCAACUAGUUGAAAUUAUUUCAUGCUUUCUGUUGCCCCUAAGUGGAAAUUGCCAAUCACAGUGAACUACCAGAAAUUUUGAUGUAGCGUAUGAAAUCAUUUCCUACCUUCUGUUGUUUUUUUAGAGGACAAUUUGAUAUAUCAAAAUGCAUUAACUGGUGAGAAUUUAGAUGCAAUUAUAUGGUCUCGGCCAUAUAUUAAAACACCUCUUUUUGUGUUCAUAAAAGUGGAUUUUUUGCUAUUGAGAAUUUAUUUCAUUAUAAGGAAGAA